AUGCUCUCUAACAAACGAAAAAUUGAAGAGAAUGUCACUGUUUCACUAACAGCUGAGUGUAGUGCUAUUUUGCAGAAUAAGCUUCCAGAAAAGCUAGGAGAUCCGGGCAGCUAUUCUAUUCCUGUCAAGCUUGGGGAUAUUGAUAUCAAGAAUGCUUUGUGUGAUCUUGGUUCAAGUGUUAGUCUCAUGCCGUUAUCUAUCUGCAAGCAACUCAACAUGGGCGAACUCAAACCCACACGCAUCUCUCUACAACUAGCUGACAGGACAGUGAAGUUUCCACUUGGUAUCUUGAAGAUGUUCCUCUUCGAGUGGGAGGAUGCACAAGUUCCCAUAUUCUUGGAGAGACCCUUUUUGGCCACUGCUGGAGCCAUUAUUGACAUGAAGAAGGGUAAGAUCACUUUGAAAGUGGAUGCUCUUGAUGAGGUGAUAGAGGCUGAGGCCUUCAAUUUGCAACUUGAUGAUUCGCAACAAACAGUCUUGAUAAGUAGUGCUGAUGAGGAAGAUUGGAAGACUACGGAAUACAAGAGACUUCUAGAGGAGACACGAGCAUGA